UCGACCGAUGAAAAUCCGCAACAUCACUGUUGUCCCACUGGCGCCUACUCGUGGUGUGCGUACAACGCUGCUCAAGCAAACAAAGCUACUUAUAAACAUCCAGCCCCUUUACACCCAGAAGUCUUUACAAAAGAAUAUUCUUCCGAUAUACGAAGAUUUAUCACGAGACGAUCUACUGGAGCGUUGCAUUGGCGGUUUCACUCAAAACGAUAACGAAUCUUUUAAUGUGACUGAGUGGCGUUUAGCACCUAAACAUUUGAAUUGUGGAUCAAAAAUAAUAGAAAUUGCGGCAUAUUUAGCUGCAGGAAUAUUCAAUGAUGGAUAUUCAUUUGUCCUUAGAGUCAUGAACGAUCUGAAACUGCCAAUUGGCCUGGAAUGUAAAAGGUUCGCAGAUUCGUACGACACCAAUCGAGUGAAGAGACAAAAUCUACGCUCAUUAAAUUCGUCCAAAGAGGCCAGAACUGCUCAAAAAGAGAAGAAAACAGCAGAGAUGGGUGAUUUCCUUGAAGUAGAAGGCUUGCUCUAUGGUCCUGGCAUUGCUGAUUAAGCUUUGGUAUUUAUAAAUCACUUUAAACUCUACUUUUCAAGAACGAAAACUUAAAUCGUUUUUCUCGAAACACGUUUUUUUCCGCGCCGUGCAGCAUAACUCGAAAAGUUUUCAACCGAUUGACUUGAAAUUUUACAGAUAUUCUUUAACUUAUUGGCCUUUGCAUGAACCUAAAAUUUUAUAAAAAUUGUGAUAUUAA